CUUCUCGUGAUCUUGUGUGUAGUCUGCAUGCAGUUUUGGGUUUGUUUCUGCUCCAUACAGUAUCCAUCAUGAAGCCACCUCUGUAUCCUCGAGAGUCUGGCCAGUUUGUAGCAGAUCGGAGUCGAGAUGUGUUUGUGGAGGAGGAAGGAGUGCAGAAAGUUGCAGAGUUGCUCUACACUCUCAGACACAGUGAUCAUCUGACUGCCAGUGGCUGGAAGAAGGCAAAUCCGUUGACCCCGGCAUCCACCUCUGACCAGGCUUUGAACUGGGUGUUUGUGGUAGACACCAUGAACUUCUCUUUUUGGCCAGACAAAGAAACUCAGCAGUGCGAGGUCACCUAUAAAGGAACCACAUACACAGGCUACAUGACCUUGUGUGCUGCCAUCACCAGGGCCAUGGAGGAAGGAAUACCCAUCACUGAUCCAAAGUACUUCUCUCAGAUGAGUGUGGAGGAGUUGGGACAUGUCCUUCGAUCAGACAAUGAAACACCCAUGCCAAUGCUUCAGGAGCGUCACCAGGUGCUGACUGAAGGCGGCCGUGUGCUACUGGAACAUGGUGGAAGCUUUCGGAGUUUUGUCAGCCAAGCUGGGAACGACGCCAGGAAGAUGGUGGAGCUUAUUGUGGAAAAGAUUCCCUCCUACAGGGAUGAAGCUACAUUUGAGGGGAAGAGAAUCUCAUUGUACAAGCGAGCUCAGAUACUGGUGGCAGAUUUCUGGGGUGUCAUGGAGGCCAGAGGAGAGGGAGAUAUCAUUAGCAUGGACUGGCUCACCAUGUUCGCUGACUACAGGGUUCCUCAGGCCCUCGUGUACCUUGGCGUGCUACGAUACUCUGACACACUGAUGCAGGCACUCAAGAAUGGUGAGCUGCUGAGUUCAGGGGACAGGAGAGAAGUUGAGAUCCGGGGUUGUUCGAUUUGGUCUGUGGAGCUGAUCAGAGCUCGUCUUUGCGAGCUGGUGAAGGAGAGAGACGGACAGACUUGCGACAUUAACUCUGCAGUGAUCGACUUCUACCUGUGGCCUUAUGCCAAGCAGCACCACAAAGAGAUGGCCCACAUUCCAAUACACCACACACGCUGUAUUUACUACUGAUGAGCUGGCUGGCAGCUUUACAUACAGCAGGCUACACUUCUCAGUGUACAGCCUUGGCACCAGUGCCUUUCUCUGGGAUAAAGCCAACCAUGUCUCUGUGCCAGAUAUAUGGGCUUCUCUCUAGCUGUAAUGGAAACAGGUGUUAAGCUUCAAUGCGGCGUGUUUGUCCUAGUGUAUAGUAGCACUCUUGUUCAUUUGCAGUCAAUAAAAAAUGUUUACUGUUGUUGACAUUGAAUAAUUUUAGCAAAUCUCUCACUGUCAUGGAGAACCAGCAAUCAUGGAUUGUAUGUGAACAUAUAAUAAUGGACACAUCUGUGUAUCUACAGGUAUUUGAAUUUGUGAACUGACACUUGAUGAAGAGAAUAAACCAUUUUCACUAGAUGCAUAUACAGUAGUGUGAUGCAUUUAUUGAAAGGUUUGAUUUAAAAUGCUUUUAGAGGUUAAAAUAAAUAUUAACUGUG